GCUAAAUAAAGUCAAAAUGACUUGAACAAAAUUUUUUUUUCCUUGCGGGGAAUCUGAAAUUUUGUUAUUCCUGUAGCUUUGGGGACCCUUUGGAAAAGCAAGAACCCAAUUUUUUUUUUUUUUUUUAAAAGCUGAAUUCUUUCUUCCCAGAAGAAUCUAAUCCGAAUUCGAUAGCUUUAGAAAGCGUUUAAGAGUAUAAGUUGUGGAUCAGUUCUGUUUGGCUGGUGAGAAAGUCUGGUUGUUUUCUUUUUUUUUUUUUCGUGGCUCUAAUAAUGAUGGAGAGGAAUUUCGAGUACGAAAAUGGGAUUGUAAUGACGAGAGACCCAAAACCCAGGCUGAGAUGGACGGCUGAUCUUCACGACCGCUUUGUUGACGCCGUUACUAAACUUGGUGGCCCUGACAAAGCAACUCCAAAGUCUGUGCUGAGGUUAAUGGGCUUGAAGGGCUUGACAUUGUACCAUUUGAAAAGCCAUUUACAGAAGUAUAGACUCGGACAACAGGUGCGGAGACAGAAUUCUGCUGAACAUAGCAAGGAGAGUAGUGGUUGUUCAUAUGCACAAUUCGUCAAUCAUUCCUCAGGGACUACUAGUACAACUUCAUCAAGAGGUGAUAAUAAAGAACACAGUGAAAUCCCAAUCGCAGAGGCGCUAAGGCUUCAGAUUGACGUACAGAAAAGAUUACAAGAGCAGCUUGAGGUUCAGAAGAAACUGCAAAUGAGAAUAGAAGCCCAAGGGAAGUACUUGCAGGCCAUACUAGAAAAGGCCCAAAACAGCCUGACCCUUGACAUGAAUGGGCCGGGUAAUCUAGAGGUAGCCAAAGCCCAAUUGACAGACUUCAAUUCGGCCCUAUCAAACUUCAUGGAGAACAUGAAUGAAGUAGAUCAAAAGAGUGGCAUAAUUGAGAUGAAUGGUGUUUAUAGAAAAGAGAGUGAUACAAGUUUCAACAUUUACCAAGAGGGAAACAGAGAAAAAACUGAUGAAGAUACUAAGCUCAAAGAAACCAUACACUUUGACUUGAAUACCAAAGGUGGGUUUGAUUUUGUUAGUGCACGUGGACUUGAUUUGGAACCCAAAAUGCUUUCAUACAGGAGAUCAUAG